AGUACAGAACGAGAAAAGACGGCAUCAUGUGGUUGACCCUUGUCGGAUUGACAUUGGUACUCGUGACAUUUUGCAGAUCGACGACAACGGACAAGUCCUUUAACGAGGGCAAGCCCUUUGAUUUGUCAUCGAUUCCGGAUUCAACUGUUGCCUCAAUGGGAUGUGGCCGUCGACUGUCGCUAUUUCACAAUCAAGAUGGGAUUCAAUUUGCCGAAUUUCCAUGGUUGGUGGCCAUCUAUGGGCAUCAGGACUACCUUUGUAGUGGAGUUUUAAUCACGCCCUUGGUAAUUCUAACAUCAGCCCAUUGUGUACACAAUGAGCCAAUGGAGGAUUUACGUGUGGUGGCGGGAGAAUUUGAUGCAGCUGCUGAACGAGAACCUUGUCCACAUCAAAUCCGUUUAGUUAGUGAAUUAUUAUUGCAUCCGAAUUAUACCCAAACACCAGCUACCCAUAAUUUAGCUAUGCUUCUGGUGGCCAAUGCUUUCCAAAUGGCUACCAAUGUACGUUCCAUUUGCCUGCCAACUUACGAGAUGAUCCACAAUAUAAGUGAAUGCUAUGUGGCUGGUUGGCAACGAAAGGAUUUUGGUAAUUCAGAGAUUUUACCCAAACGGGCGACAUUAUAUGUCCUACCCCAAGAUCAGUGUAGGGCCAAAUUACGUUUGGCCAUUUUGGGAAGACGUUAUUUUCCGACUAAUGAUUCAUUGAUAUGUGCUCGUGGCGUCAAGGAUGACUUUGUCUGCGGAGAUGAAGCGGGCACAAGUGGUGUUCCAUUAAUGUGUCCAGUUGCUGGAUGUGCGGAUUGUUUUGUGCUUGCCGGAGUAUUAGCCAGAUCAGCACGUUGUGAUGGCCCUCAACUACUUGGCAUCUAUACAAAUAUUUCAUUUUAUAGACAAUGGAUAGAUCAGAUGAUUAUUGAAAGAAAUUUACAAAUAUCGGAGUUAAUGUGGUUUAAUCCCAAUAAAUAUUAAUAUUAACAUUAACCAUUAAAAAGAUA